UUAAAAUGGCAGGAGGCAGGGCCAAUGGAAAUUGUCUCCCGGGAAAAGGGGCGGGACAGGUGAAGGUAGGCUUCUGGACCUAGGCUGCUGCGUUGGGGGAAGGGUGAGAUGAAGUUGCUCCUGCCUCUCCUAAUAUUGUAGAAUGGAUCAGACGCAGGUCUUGGACUGGGAUGGAGAAGACGAUCCCGAUUAUUCUUCCAAUGGGGCUGGAGACUCCGGGGAGCCCCCUAAGCCUGUGGGUCGCCUGCACCUUCUGAGCAACAAGUAUGGCCCCGAGAAAGAUUUCUGGAUCUAUCCUGGGGAAAAUGUGAUUGGCCGUUUGGAAAGCUGCCAAAUCUGCUUGCCAGCCUCUUCGGUCUCGAAAAAUCAUGCCGUGAUCGAAGUCCCCUCCCCAGAUGGGCCCCACCUCCUGUACGACAAAGGCAGCCUCAACAAAACUCGACGCCAGCGUCUGAUCUUGAAGCCGGAAGUCCGGUACAGCCUUCAAGAUGGGGACGCUUUGCUCUUUGGGGACGUGGGUUGCCAGUACUUCAUCCUUGCCCCGGGGGGCGCCUCUGAAUCCUCCGAUGAGUCCAUGGAGGUGCCACCCACUCAGACGAGGCCAAAUGCCAGUGCCUUCGUCAUUGAGGAGACGCCAGCACCGGGAAAGAGGCUGCGUUUGGAAGGAGUCCUCGUCCAAGAUUCAGACAAGGAAGAAGAAGGGGAGGAUGUGGUGAAUGGGGCUGGCAGGAAGAACGGGUCUGAUCCUGCUGUCGAUGAUGGCCCUGGAGGGCCCUUCAAGUUGGCCUCGUUCAUGUUUUCCUCUCCUUCUGCUGCUGUUGUGCCUGAAAGCGAUGACGAAAGUGGGGAAGCCUCUGUCAGUGAGCUGCCUUGUCCUUCGCUGCGUCUGUGCUUUGAAAGCCAGGAUGCUGAGCCUGGCUCUUUGGAGAACGGAGGGGUCCCUCCUUUGAAUCACGAGAGAAAUCCUGUACAGCCAGGAGGUGCCGAGAUUGCAGCAAAAGCCCAGCCGGAUUUGGGAGGAAGAACAGCUAAAAAACAAGAGGCUCCUUUGCUUGCUUUGGCAGAAGGCGUUCACCUGGACAGUGACACUGAUGUGGAUGAGGAGUUCACAGGUGGGAUCUCAGAGCCAUCCACGUCAAGGUGUCUGCCAGAAACCAGCAAGACCCUGGAGGUGGGCAGUGACACCGACGCGGAUGAACCUGUGUCAGUAAAUCCAGAGCCUGGUAAUCAGAAGAACCACCAAAUGGCCAUUGAGGUGGGCAGCGAUACAGAUGUGGAGGAGAUGGUAGAAGACCCCAAUGUCCCCCAGCCCCAUCAGCCUGCUGAAAAUGGGGAGGAGGACACAGAUGCAGAAGAGGGAACGGAGAAUCCAAGCAUGGCAGAUCCUGGAGGCCACGGGUCCGGCCCUCAAAAGGAGGGUGGCUGCAAGGAUGUAAGAGAGGCCACAGAAGACCAAGACGAUGCACCUCCCAAAGGCCAUCUGCUGGGUGAGGAGGAGGAGGAGGACAGCGACACAGAUGUGGAGGGAGCCAUUGGAGAUUCCGAUGCAAGGGCCCAGAAGCUCCUUGAAAACAGAGACAGUGAUACAGAUGUAGAUGAUGCCUCUCCUAAAAGGAAGAACCCAGAUGGGGCUCUGAAGACCCAGGAGUCCGCUUGUGACAGGGAUAGCAAUACAGUUGUGGAUGAUGCGUCGGGAGCAGGGGAUGUUCUGGAGACCCUUCGGGACAGCGAUGGGGAUACAGAUGUGGAAAUGUCUGACUUGGUGCUGGAGAAUUCCGAUAUUGCUCGGGCGCAGGGGCCCCACCCUCUGAGCAGUAAGGACAGCAGUGCGUGCGUGGAAGAGAUCCCCCUCAAGGGGGUUGUGCUUCUGGACAGUAGUUGCCCAGGGCAAGGGCCUGGGGUGGAGGCAGACAAUCCUAGUGUCGAAUUUAAGGGGAAUCAGGAGGCUGUGAGUGAAGCGUCGCAAAGCUUUGACAGGAAGAAACCUUUGGAAAACUCCAAGGUUGUCAAGGAUACAACUGUUUCAUCUCAAAAGCCAGGCCUGCCCGUUCUCUCUGUGGACAGCAAUACAGACGUGGAGGAUGAGGUUGAAAAUCCAAACGGAGGGUCAGAGGAGGGCCACAAAGCGGCAAGUGUUGGGCCUGGGAGAGGAGGCGGAGGAAGCUUUCCAGAGAAUUCUGGUGUCGGAUCCCCUCAAAGUCCCGUGGCGGAUGGGGUUGGGGACAGCGAUACUGAUGUGGAAGGGACGUCCCCCUCCCACAAGGAAUCCGUGGCUCAAGACAGCGAUACAGACGUGGAAGAGGCAACUGUGCCGUUGGUCCCAAGAGAGACUAGCACGGCCGGGAGGGAAUCGGCGGCUUCUGCGGCAGAAGUGAGAGUCCGCCAGGAACCUUGCAAAGGGAAUGAGUAUCCAGGCACCGAGGGAAACGAGGCCCCUCCAGCCAAUGACGGUAGCAACACUGACGAUGAUCCUGACCUGGCUUUCCAAGCAACGCAGUGUUUCUUGCCUCCUGAGACUUCGUCCCCCAUGCCUGAAAAGGCCCACAACACGACCGUGGCAGCAUGCAGCUCCCCUUUAAAAGAGGAUAAUCAAGACCCUGGUGCUUACAUGCUGGAAGCCACCCAGUUGUUCUGUCAGGAUCUGGAACCGCUCUCCGAAGAGCCCACACAAGCCUUUGUUGCCCCGGAGGAGGAAGAGACAGAAUUGAUCUCCCAGUCCCUGCGUGAAGAGGGUGGAGGGGGACUCCACGUGGAGGGCACAGUGCCUGCACUUUCAACCUUAGCCUCUAGGGGGCAGCAGGCCACCCGUCUCUCUGCCACCCUUGCUGAGCCUUCUUCCCUCGGAUCCUCGCCUUCAGAGCUUGUUGCCCACACCGUGGCAGAGGGCGGGGUAGACAAGCCAGAGAAGAAAGCAGAACCGGAGCUUGCCCGUUCCGUACCAGUUCCUUCCAGUAGCAGCAGCAGUGAGUCCUCGGCAUUACCGGAGGUGGUGGGGAACAUCAAGAGCGAGGCACAAGUGUCGGCAGAGCCCUCUGAAGCUGGAAGCGCUGCAGGACUCCCACCGCCCGGGAGUGGGGAAGCUGGUGUCCAUCAUCAUCUGGAUGAAAAAAGCUCCGCAGUAGCCCGGGAGGAAGCAAAGGAUGUUUCCGAGCGGGUGCCAGACUGUGCCAAACCCGAGCCCUCUUCAGUGUCUGGGCGGCGGCGGAGUCAGCGCUUGUCCUCCACCGCUGCCGCCACGUCCCCAGCCUCAGUCCCAGAAGGACGAAGCCUCCGCCGCCGCGGCCUCGCGGGAUCGGGCAACGCAGGGGGGAGCCGGGAGCCUGCAGCUUCCCUCUCCCGGCGCAGGGGGCUGCGGCAACUCAGCAGCGCAUCGCAGUUCAUGGGAGAACCAGAGGCCAAGGAUGUACAGCCGGAGAAGGAGGAGGACGAGGAGGAGGAAGCCCGCUCCGGGAAGAAGCCCAGGCACGGGGAGCCUGCAGUUGUCUCCUGUCCGAGCCGAGCCAAGGUCUCGCCGGGAGACUCUGAUGCCGCCAGCAGGCUGAAAGGAGAGGCAGCGAUCGCUGCCGGCAGCCUUGGGACCAGGGAGCUAUCGAGGCGGGGGAAGUCGAGGGCGGCGGCCACAGAACCCGGGAAAGAACAGCCGCCGGAACGUCCUCAGACCCGGGCCGGUAGGCGGUCGAACAGCACUUCAAGCCCAAAGGAUUCUGGGAAAGAUGCCAAACCCAGGCAGGAAUCCCCAGCCCAGUCCACUCCAUCCUCGGGAAGGCGGCUACGGUUGCAGAGCGCAGAAAGCAAGUUGGGGGGAACACGAGCUCAGCCGCAGAAGAGAACCCAGGGCCCCGGCACGCCUGCCCCCAAGGUGCUGUUCACAGGCGUGAUUGACGAGGAAGGGGAGCGGGUGGUGACCACGCUGGGCGGCUCUCUGGCAGAGUCCGUCUUUGACUGCACCCACCUCGUGACCGACCGCGUGCGCCGCACCGUCAAGUUCUUGUGCGCUUUGGCUCGGGGCAUCCCCAUCGUGACCCCAGACUGGCUGGAGAAGAGCAGACAGAACUCCUUCUUCUUGAUGCCAACCAGCUUCCUCGUUCAUGACCCUGAGCAGGAGAAGAACUUUGGGUUCAGCCUCACAGCCUCAUUACAGAGAGCCCAGCAAGAAGGGGGGCUCUUCCAGGGCUAUGAGAUCCACGUCACCCCGAAUGUCAAGCCAGAGCCUGAGCACAUGAGAGACAUUGUGAAAUGCAGCGGAGGGACCUUCUUACCCAGAAUGCCUCGAGCCUAUAAGGACAAGCGUGUGGUUGUCUCCUGUCCGGAUGACCUGUCCCGGUGUAAACCAGCACAAGAUGCCGGAAUACCGAUCGCCAAUUCAGAGUUCAUCCUGACAGGCCUGUUACAGCAGUGCAUUGAUCUGGAGGCCCACCAGCUGGAAGGGGUGGGUGCCUCCCCAACUCCCAUCACCAGGGCAAGCAAGCGGAGGGCGGUGGCCCCAACAGCGCCCCCCAGCACGGCCAAGAGACGGCGCUGAUCCUGAAAUAUAGCUUACCAACCUUGCCUUAAACUUGUAAAUAGUAUUUUUUUUUAAGAUCACUGCCAAUAAACUGGGUAUAUAUAUAAA